ACCAAUAUACGCUUCAUCUUCGGGGCGUUAGGCUUUGUCUUCGGGAUUAUUAUUAGUGCUGGUGUGUUCCCUAGAGGGUUGGACUUUCAGUUAGGCUGCGUUGAUGCCUUCUGCUGUGUACUCAUCUCCUUCUCCAUGGCGUGCAUCGCUGGGUUCCUCUACAUGCCUGCGGGGAGAAGCGCCAGGUCGUUUUGGGUUGGUACUGAUCAGAUUAGGAGUAAUCUCUCGAUCAUAUCUUGUGGAUGGUUCGGUAGGAUCAUUCUUUAUGUGAACUACAUUGUCUCCGUUUUCACUUCGUUGCUUUGGAUCCAUCCUUUGGCUGACAUUCUAGUGAAGAGAAGCAGCAAUGCUGGUGGGUUGGUUGGUAAUGUAGGCUUCUCGACUAGUGAUUUCGGCAGGUUUCGUGUUCUGUGUUUGUUGCUGUCCGGUUUACUACAGGCUAUGGCGGUUCGUCCUAACCUUCAGAUGUUUUUGAACGAAGCGGUGUUAUCUUGGUAUCAGCGAUUACAUGGGAGUAAGACUCCUGAUUUGGAGUUUAGCAGGGCGAAGAUGUUUCUUCAUAACCACUACUUGUGCCUAGUUGCUUUGCAGUUUGUGGCGCCGUCCGUUCUUGUAAUCAUCUUCCUAGGAUUGUCUCAGAUUGAUCUAGGCUCAUUUGCUGUUUCUCAACUGGUAUGUGGUUCUUUGCCUUGCAGCGAGUUCGUUGGACAAGUUGGUUUGUUGAUGUCUUGGUGGGUUCUUUUUGUUUGGUCGGCUUUUGCUUCUGCAAGUCUUGUUUUCUAUCGACGUGGUGUCUUGUAUGUUUCUUGAGAUGGAAUUUUUUCAUGUAUUCGGAGGAAAAUGCCAGAAACAAAACAAAGAAAAAAAAAAAGAAUAAGAUUUAAAACAGGUUAAUUGAUAUAAUAUCUAAUUAACAUAUUAAAUCUAAAUUCAAUUACAAAUAUCCAAAGUGACUCAUUUGCUAAAAUUCUAUAUUAGUCAAACUAAAAGCUUUGCAAGCUUUGUAUGACAUUCAUUUUGGACCUCCAUUUCUCAUUCAACAUAACUCCGAUUUUGACAAACAAAUACACUAACUCAUAAUGUUCACGGUGAAGAUUAUAUCGUGCCCAAAUUCUGUCAUUCCGACAGACGUCUCCUUCUACACGACUUUGUCAAAAACGAGUUUCAUCAAUCCCCUACAUGAAUAGAAAUGACUCUAUACACAUGACUCAAGCAAAAAAAAACUUUUGAGAGUAUGAGCGAAAAAUCCACUGCAUGAUGAGUUGGUAGUAAUUUUUCAGCCUUGAACCAGUCAUUGUUAAUAGCUAUUGGAUUUACUCAAACAGGAGGUGGCCAUGAUGUCUUAAACCCCUCGGACUUUGGUGUAAACCAAGACAAUAGCUAUAACACAGCUUCAUUCUCUCACAAAACUAAUUUUUCUAUUGUGUUCAUUUUGGUCGUGAACGUUUCUGAUAAUCAUGAGUGAAGUUGAAGAAUAUAGCAUUUCCUUCAUUCUCCUAGAAACGGUCUCAUUUCACACUCACAAGGUAAUUUGUCAUUAGCUUUGUUUAGAGGAGUAUCAUGUACUACUCCAUUCAUAUGUCAAAGCUAUGGACACAAAUCAUUAAAAGCAAAUGCUUAUCCUAUAUUUCUUACAUGUAGCACUGUUUAAUCAUCCUAGGAACUAUGUAUAGACCGAAGUCUGACAGUGCUUUGGGCAGAUUUAGUUUGACUUAGUUGUCUCUUUGAACCUAUUUUUUGGGAUCUCCAGUCAGUUAGGUAGAGUUACCGCCAAACCUCAUCUUAAUUCACAGGCUAACCCAUUCCUCUUGAUGAUAUACAAUAUGAUCUCAUGACACACCUUUAAUAUAAGGAUCCUAGGUUUUCAUCAUAAUGAACAUAAUCUCUUCAGAUUAGUCGAGAUCAAUUGUUUAAUGAUUUUUGUCAUCUUUAUUUAAGAUACAAUUAAUCAUUAUACACAAAAAUCAGUGUAUGACACUAGUUUUUUUUUCUUUAGUAAAAAAAAAUCACAUUGUGGUAACUAUCACUAAAUUCAUUUGGCCGCUUGCCAACAAUUUUAUAUGGUAGGCAAAGAUUCCUCCAUAUUUCUUAAGAUAGCUCAAAAACAUACAUAUUUACAUUUACCAUCUCUUAAGAGUUUAGAAAGUUAAUCUGCAACUCCUUUAGAUUUAAAUAAAUAAAAGCAAUUUCGAAAAUUAUUAUAAUUUUCUUAAAAAUGUAUUUCAAUCUUAGUAAUUCACAUUUUACAUACAACUAUUUUCAUAGUUCUCUCAAGUUCAUUAAUAAAUCUAACUUGUAUGUUUUGAUUUUUCCAAAAACAUAUUUUGUUUUUUAGCAAAUAUGCAUAUCAUUACAAGAUAUUAUUUGUGCAAUCAAAAUCACCAUUUUAUAUGGUUAUUCUCAACCAUAUUGACUUUAGAAACUACAAUUUAUAUGUCAGUUUCAGUCACAUUGAGUAUAACAUUUUUCAUUAUUUUUCAUGCCAUCAGAAAAUAAUCGAGUUCUAUCCAUUUUUUGUGACAUUAGUCCUAUGCUUAUAGCACUAGGCACUAACUCAUCAAUCUGAUAAGGAUCAGAAUUUGGUACAGUCAACCAUGGCAGACUCACUAGACUCAGUAACCAAUAACACCUCGAUGCUAAUAGAAUAUGUACAUUCCAAUAAACAUCUCAAUUUAUAUAUCAUAUGAGAUUGUGGGUAGCAGACCAUUCACAUUUUGAGAUGUCAACUCACCAUACCCAUUACCCAUUGCUACUCUCACCACCAUAUCUAUUAACGAUCAUGGUGUUGUUUAUCACAAUGAUAUUGUUAAUCAUAUUUUAUUUUUGAAUCUGUUUAAAAAUAAUCAAUAAGCAAAUCAGUCCAAUAUUCAACAUCAAACACGAAUAAUAAUAACCAAUUAAAAGAAAAUCAGAAUAAUAAAUUCUGAGACUUAACGGUGCGACUAUGUGUUGAAUGGUGUAGUGGGAGAAAGGUAGUUCUCCUGCUUUAAAGUUACCAUUCGCGUUUUUUUUUCUUAUAAAGUACAUAGCACGAAUAUUUUUUUCUUUUUGUGAGAAAAAGCAGGAGAUCUGCAUGCAGAUUUCACCACCAUACAUUUGAGGCAGUUCAUCUGCUUUUAUCUUUUCUUAACCAAUCAAUGACUUUUUCAUAAAUAAUUAAAUUUCAAAAUAUAUCUAAACUUCUUCUAUAAAUAUUAUAUUUUCAUUUUAGUUACUCACAAUUUUAAUAACACAAAAACUAUCGUUAUCUAUUUAGAUUUUUCAUCAUAUAAUUUUCAUAUCUAUUUUAAAUUAUUAUAUUUAUAUAAUAUAUGUAGUUUUAGUUAUAAUAUGUAUUAUAUAAAUAUUUAGUAUUGUAGUUUAUAUAUGUAUACUAAUAAAAAAGAUAUGUAUUUUGUUAAUUGUUAAAGUUUUUAUAUAUUAUGUGUUUUGAUUUUUAUUAUAAUUUUAAUUAUUAAAAUAUAUAAUUUGUUUUAUUUAAACUGAUUUUACCAUUUAAAAUUGUAAUAAACUAUUUGAUCUGCAUGAUCUGCACUUAUUCCGCUUGAUCUGCUUGAUAUGUACUUGUCCCGCUUGAUCUGCAUGAUCUGCUUGAUAUGUCCUUUUUGAACCCCUUUUACCAUUCGAAGCCUAUAUUAAACACAAUGUCAAAUAAUUAAUCCGGAUUGAUUGGUGAAUCAAAAACGUAAAGACAAAACGCAGGAGCUGAUCAAAUGAUUGCUUAAAUCAACUCGAUUGUAAAAUGACCUAUACAAAUGUUGGUAUAUUAAAUGUAUCAUCGUUGUUGAAGUGUAAAUGUAUUACAAAUCAUUUUUAUUAUUUUUAAGACUUCAUAUGCACAAAAGGAAAUUAAGUUUUACGGCUGACACAAAUCACAGAAACCAGAUAGGCAAUAUCGAUUGUAAAAUGACAAAAGGAGAUUACGUUUUCUGAUCACGAUUUGUUUACUAUUGACUCUUCAUAAGUGAUUUUAUUUUCUACCUCUAUAAAAUUGUGUUUUUGUUCUCGUUUCUAUUUCACUGAUAUGAGUUUUGUUUCUUUAUUUAACUUCUUAUGUGAAUUAUAUAAGUAUUAAUUUAAAAAGAUGGACAUCUGUAACAAUUAGUUCCCCUCCAGAUAUAUAUCUAAGAAUCAAUUUUUUUGAAGAAAAUCACCGGCAAACUCUAUUCAUAGGUUAGUGUUCAAAUCUAAUAUAUCAACCUGUUAUAGAAUAUAAGUACUGACUCGAAAUAAAAAUGUAUGUCUAGUAUAUAUUCACCAGUUCGGUCUAAAAACAUCUAAUUAUAGAACAAAGAAACAAAUUACUUAUUCUAUUAACCUACACUUUGAGGUCUAGUUACAUAAGAGUAUACAGAUAAAAAAAAUAUAUGUAAUAUUUUACCAUUCUAGUAUAUGUAAACUUUGUAUAAACUAACAACUGUUUGAUUUAUUAAAUGAUAAAACAGAAAAUUUAUAAUAAAUAGUUUAAAUUAAUCUUUCAUUCUUACAAUUAUAAUAGAUGUAUAGGGUAUUAGGGAGAAACAAAUAUUAGAUGAAUUAUCAAAUCUGUCAUUUUUCGAACAAAUUCAAAAGGAGGUGAUUGAAAUAUUGUCAUAAUAUUUCAUAAAAAAAAUAUUUAAGAAUAAAAAUCAAGACUAAAAUAUUUAAUCUGAAUGAAAUAAUAUAUAUAUAUAUAGUGCUUCCAAUAUUAAAUAUCACUUCGAUUUGAAGAAGUGUAUUUCUGGGAUUGUCAAGGUCAAAUAACAUAUUAGAAACCACUAAUUUAAAAAAUAAUCUAUAUACAUAAAAGUAUACACAUUAGAGUAAUCACAUAAAUCAAAAUCAAUACUUUUUGUUUAUUUACAAUCAUGUUUUUGA